UCUCUCUCUCUCUCUCUCUCUCUCAUGUCAACCUUCUCUCUCUUUUUGGUUGCUAUGCUCAUACAUGCCCAAUUCGCAUCCUCCACGCUAAUGCAAACAUCAGAAGGAACAAAAUGGAUCUUAGAGAAGAACUCAAGAAGGCAAUUGGGGACAGAUUCGCCAUCGUGUAGGACCGGAAACCCUAUCGACGACUGUUGGCGGUGCGACCCAGACUGGGAAACUAAUCGAAAAAUGCUAGCUGAUUGUGCCAUCGGGUUCGGACGCAAUGCCGUUGGCGGUCGAGACGGUGAAUUCUACAUCGUCACCGAUCCAGAGCACGACGACCCAGUCAACCCUCUUCCCGGAACCCUCCGUUAUGCCGUCAUCCAAGAUGAACCUUUGUGGAUCAUCUUUGACCAGGACAUGGUCAUUCAGCUAAAGGAAGAACUCAUGAUGAACUCCUAUAAGACCGUAGAUGGUAGAGGGCACACCAUAGAGAUAGCAAAUGGACCAUGCAUAACCAUAUCGGACGCAACUAACAUCAUCAUACAUGGGGUUUACAUACAUAAUUGUGUGCCUGCUGGGAACGCUAUGGUGAGAGACUCACCAAGGCAUUAUGGGCUGAGAGGCAUCUCAGAUGGGGAUGGGAUAUCCAUUUUUGGGGCAAGGGAUUUGUGGAUUGAUCACUGCACGCUAGCCAGAUGCUCCGAUGGGCUCAUCGAUGCCGUGUACGAAUCAACGGCCAUAACCAUCUCGAAUAACUACAUGUUUCAGCAUAAUGAAGUCAUGCUUUUGGGUCACAAGGAUGAUUUCUUAGCAGAUCAGAAGAUGCAAGUCACAAUUGCCUUCAACUACUUUGGGGAAGGCCUAGUUCAAAGAAUGCCCAGAUGCAGACUUGGGUAUUUCCAUAUUGUGAAUAAUGUGUACACUGGUUGGGAGAUGUAUGCAAUUGGAGGAAGUGCCAAUCCUACAAUUAACAGCCAAGGAAAUGUAUUCAUAGCAUCUGGGGACAAUUCCACAAAGGAGAUCGAAUUGAAGCAGGAUGCAGAAAGUUGGCAGACUAACCAAGUACCAUGGUUCUCUUGGUUCAGUCUACAAGAUAAUAAACCCAGUUGCCCAACUAUAUGGGAAUGCUAUCCGUCUACUAUUUCAACUGAAGCUAAAUAUGACCUGAAAAGUUCACAGUUAGCCGAAGAAAGAAACAUGUAUAUACGACACUGAAUCUCCACGUGUAAAUCCUAUCAAAUUGCGAAGGCUAAUCAGUAGUUAGAUCCAACCAAAGUGAUAGAUAAGUAGAUAACUUAAUUUGGCCUUAUGUUUUAAGCCAACAGUUAUAGACUAAGAUUACUACUUGUUCAGGUGACCAAAAGGGAAGGUCCACAGGGAUCUAGUGAA